AUGAACUCGGCGACCACUUCUUGUGAAGCCGACGAAUGGGAGCUUUAUAACGACGAUGGCUUCGUCUACAAGCGUAAGAAGCGCCGCCUCGACCCAGCGGCCGCUGCACAGACCCCGUCGAAUACGGAUCCCGAGGCGGAGGAGAGGAAUCAGAGGGAGCGUAAGAGAGCGACGCUGCUGAAACUGAAGGCACGGUACCAGAGUGAGAUCGACCGGUGGGAGCUUUUAUCGGACGCCUUGCGUGCAAUGGAGGAGAAAUACCGUCACUGUCAGAGUCAGAGUUCGGUCAGACAGCAACAAUUAAGCGAACGAGAGGAAAAAGAGCCCACGGCGUCGUUCAGUGCUUCGUCUUUGCAUUUGCCUGAAUUUGUUAAUGGGUCACUCGUGGAUGAGCUUCUCUUACAGGUGGAAGCCGAGGAAGCGGUAAUUCAUGAUGUCUCACAUCUAUGUGAUGUAGCAGAAGCUAUGUGCAGUGCACAAGAGGAACGGUUGAAGCAAUCUUUAAUCGAUCUUCCAAUAUGGGCUUCACCACAUGAGCUCAUUGCAUCAUUGUGUGAUAAUUGA